AUGCCUAAGAAAGGGACUCUAUUGAAGUCGUUGAGUAGAGGACGUGUGCGUGCUUCUUUUAACAAGUACAAUUUGUUUAAUCUCUAUAAGAAAUCACAAAUUAGUUUUAGAACCAAGACAUUGUAUCAACAAAAAUGGCAAGCAAAACAAGAGACUAGAUCUUACCAUGGUGAACAUAUCAGGGAAGGAAGAUGGCAAAUUAUGUUCCAAUCGAAACUGGAUUCUGUUGCUCAGUUAGAUGCAUCCUUGCGUGGUGGUAAAGUUGAAGAUACUCCGUAUUUGUUACAGACAUAUGCUGUCUUGGAGAAGAGAUUAGAUUUUGCUUUGUUUAGAGCGAUGUUUGCUUCCUCCAUUAGGCAGGCGAGGCAAUUCAUUUUGCAUGGUAAUGUGCACGUAAAUGGUGUUAGAGUAAAACAUCCCAGUUUUAUUUUAAAGCCAGGUGACGUAUUUAACGUUAAACAAGAAAAGGUGUUACAGGCAUUAGGUGCUAAAAAGCCAGAUUUAAAGAAGGCUUUGAAUGUGGAUAAAAGACAGAUAAUUUUACACAAUAAAUUUGUAGAAUUUGCUAAAAAAAACCCUAAACAAGCUUGGAAACAGAGAAUAGAAAAGAUUAAGCAAUUAUCCAAUGAUUCUGUUGAAAAAAAAGAAUAUCUGACUUUGGUUGAAAAUUAUAAGAAAGGAUUGGAUGCAAAGGAGCUUGAAGAGCUACGUAACUGCACACCAGAAGAGUUACUAAAAAAUAUAAUCAAAACACAACCUAAACAAGCACCAGGAUUAGAAAACGAUAAAGCUGAAAAAUCAGAUGCAUCUACUGAAGCAGAAAAGCCAAACGAGUCUGCAGGAAAAGUUGAAAAUCUAACUGACGCCGACUUUGAAUCCAUUUUUGAAAGAGAUGUCACGCUAAAGAAUUUGGCUACCCAAUGUUAUCAAGAAUUCUCCAAUUCAAAGUUAUUUGAUUUUGAAUCUAUUAAAGCAAAGUCUGAAGAAGAAAUAAGUACUUUGGUUAAGGAUUUAUUAUCCCCAAGUGAUAACAUUAAGAAGAAUUUGACUGAUUCGCAAAAGGUUUCAAUGAGAACUGGGAAAAAGCAUCUUUCUGAAUUAGAGAAGAAAUAUUCAGAAGCUAUAAGAAAGUAUUAUAAAAUAGCAAAAAAUGAUAGUAAAUCUAAUGAGUUGCCAUUUGAUUCAAACUGGAUAAACUCUUUAGUUGCUCAUGAAAAAUUAGACUUUGCAAAAUUAGCUGAUAAUGAACAGCUAGCCCAAACAUCUAUUAAAUUACCUAAUCAACACCAUGUCUGGGGUCGCAAACGUUCUAGCUUGCCAUUUUUUACACCUUGGAAACCUAGACCAUUCUUAGCCCCAUUUGCCAUUUUACCACAUCAUUUAGAAAUAUCAUUUUUGACAUGUCACGCUGUAUACUUGAGAAACCCAGUAGCUCGUCCCGGUCAUUCUGAAGUUAUAUCUCCAUUUGAUACUCCAUUACACGAAAGAGCUUAUAUGUUUUACAACAGGAAAGGUAAAUAA